AUGACCCCAAUUCCAGUCACCAAAAACUCAUACAAGAAUGUAAUAGCCAACCCCAGCCCUAGUUACUCUUUAUUUCCCCCUUCUGCAGGACAUGCGCAAGAUAUUAAUAUCGAAAAAUUACUGAAAAAUACUAUUGGCCAAUAG